AUGAGCCCCUCGGGUACACCCUUGAGUCCUCCCUCCCUGCAGCAGCAGCAGCGUCAUGGGAUGGAGAGGGGGAGUGUGGCAGCAGCUGCUGCUCCUGCAAGUGGUGGUGGGGGGGGGUCGAAGAAGGCGGGAGGAGGGCGGGCGGAGGGGGGAGGGGGGGCGCGGAGGCAUGGAACAUCUGGGCGGGCGGGGAAGAAGGCAGCUGGUUCGGGAGCAACUGGGGUGGCAGCAGCAACAGGGCCAGCAGCAGCAGGAGCAGGACUAGCAGGAGCGCCAGCAGUAGCAGCAGCGGCUGCAUUUUCUGACUUUGGAGGGGUGAGCAGUGGUGGCAGCGGGGGAGAGGGGGCGGGCGACGCGCGCAUGUACACGGCGAAUGGGGGGCUGCGGCGCAAGCACCACCGGCCGUGGACGCUGCGGGAGGUGAUGAUCCUCGUGGAUGGCGUGGCGCGGUGCGGUGGGGGCAAGUGGGCCGACAUCAAGAAGCUCGCCUUCGCCUCCAUUGGCUACCGCACUGCCGUUGACCUCAAGGACAAGUGGCGCAAUCUCCUGCGUGCAAGCAGGAUGGCGCUCCAGCCACCCAAAGAGCAGGGCGAACAGCGCAAGAAGCAGGUGUCGGCGUCCAUCCCACCCGCCGUGCUGGCGCGCGUGAGGGAGCUGGCGCAGCAGCAGGAGGCGCAGGCCCACCUCAAGCUGCACGCCACCGCUGCCGGGGGGGGUGCAGGGGGGGCAGCAGCGACGGGCGGAGGGGCAGGGGAAGGGGGAAGUGCGGGGGAAGGGGGUUCAGGGGAAGGAGGAGGGACAGGGGGAGGAGGGGGGGCAGAGAAAGGUGGGAUGACAGGGGAAGGGGCGGGAGGCAAGGAAGGGGAAGGUGAGGAACACGGGGCUGCUGCUGCUGCUGAAAGGGUUGGAGGGGUCGCGACUGAACCUCAAGCACCUCCCCCUUAUUCAUCCACACCAGCUGCAAGCACCCCUCUCAGCCCUCCUCUGCACCGCCUCACCUCCCCCCCCUUCCCCUCUGCCUUCCCCUCCACUCUCUCCCACCCCCCCUCUCCUGCCUCCGCCCUGCCAAACCUGUUUUCCGCGCCUCGCUUCGGCCCGGACCGGACGUCUGCAGAGGAGGAGCAAGGGGGGUCGGGGGGGGAGGAGCUGGCAGGUGGGGGAGAAGGAGGGGAAGAGGGCUUUGGAGAGGGAGUGGACGAGGGAGAGUUAGAGGGGGAGGGGGAGGGGGAGGUGCAGCAGGGGUGUGAGGAGGACGAGGAGCUGAUAGGGCUGGCAGAGAGCUUCAGGAGCAGCGCGGACGUUAUGGACCUGCCCUCGUGGGCUUGA